GUAUAUGACCACAGGCAUUAUCACAGAGACUAUGAAAAGAGUCACCAUCAUCACUAUAGCAAAUCCUCUGGUCGGAGCAGGAAAAGUAGUCAUAAAAGGAAGCAUAAGAGACAUCAUUGCUCAAGUCACCAAUCACAUUCGGUAUGAGUAAUUUUUAACUUUAUUAUUAAUGAAUUAGUGGUAAUAGACUUCUUAAGUGAGUGCUAGACUUCAAUUCCUGAUCACAGUACUUUAAGAAAUACUAUAUUAUUAAAAAAGGAUUUGUAGUUGAGUCCAUUUGUGAGCAUAUGAGUGUGUUCUUAGUUGAGACUUUUGGUUCAGAGUGUUGGGUGGGGGUGGGCUUAUCAUCAGUACUAGUUAUACACUGGGAACGUAGGUGGCCGGUUAAGAUCACUGGGAUUAAUCUGAAAAAUGUCAUAUCGAAAUCAAGAACAGGUAACUAUGCUAUUUCAGAGUACAGUUAUCACUUUUUAGUUCUACAGAAUAGUGAACUAUGUUUUUUCAGGUAGACUGUGAGAUGCCAUCCAUCCUAUUACUAAAAGUAAUUGAAGUGACAUGCCUUUUUAAUAUAAGCUUAAUUGGAAGUACGAAACAUGCAUGUCUGGUAGAUUGAUAAGAACAAGCUCUACACCUGAUUCCAGAAAACUUUGAUAAGCCAUGUGCCUGGCUAAUGGCAGCUAAUGUCUUACUGAAGAUGGGAUAAGUUUGCUGCUUGCCACCUUUGAAGGCAUGCUCUCUGAAUUUCUCAUUAUUGGCAUGAUGCCUACUGAUACAUCUUCAGCUCCAGAAGAGUCACCGAAGGAAAAGAUCCAGGAGUGUAGAGGAUGAUGAGGAGGGUCACCUGAUCUGUGAAAGUGGAGACGUUCUAAGAGCAAGAUGUAUAGAAUAUUUUUCAACACUUUUUAAAAACUUUUCAGCAAAAAAUCUGUUUAGAAUAGUAUGUCAGAGGAGGGGGGCUAAAGAAAUCUUCAUUGCUCUUUUUGUUCUGUUUUUUUUGUGCUUUUUUGUUUUUUUGCAUAUCUUCUUUUCUGUAGAAUUUAAAUACUGUGUUCAAAAAGUUCCAAUUAGUAAAUGAACUUGAAUCUUGAGAUUAGAACAAGAGAUAGUUUUUUGGCUAACUGUUUUCAUGACACCUGUCCAAUAAAGUAAUGCAUUCAGAUGCUGAGAUUUAAAGUAAUUAUGCUUUUGUAAUGACACAUUUUUAAAUCUACAUUAAUAGUAUGUAUUCUUGUUUAAGUAGUUAUAUAAUUCUAACUCGUAUUUGUUCUUUUUAGAUGAAAUUGUUGCGACUUUAGGAGAAGGAGCUUUUGGAAAAGUAGUGGAGUGCAUAGAUCAUGAUAUGAGAGGAAUGCAUGUAGCAGUUAAAAUUGUGAAAAAUGUUGGUAGAUACCGAGAAGCAGCCCGUUCAGAAAUACAGGUGUUGGAGCACUUGAACACCAUGGAUCCAAGCAGCACUUUCCGCUGUGUCCAGAUGCUGGAAUGGUUUGAUCAUCAUGGCCAUGUUUGCAUUGUUUUUGAGCUACUGGGACUUAGUACUUACGACUUUAUUAAGGAAAACAGCUUCCUGCCAUUUCAUAUUAAUGACAUUAGAAAUAUGGCUUAUCAAAUUUGCCAGUCUAUAAACUUUUUACACCAUAAUAAACUAACUCACACAGAUUUAAAGCCUGAAAAUAUCUUGUUUGUGGAGUCUGAUUACAUAGUGAAGUACAAUGCCAAAAUGAAGCGAGAUGAACGUACUUUAAAGAACACAGACAUCAAAGUCGUUGAUUUUGGAAGUGCAACUUUUGAUGAUGAGCAUCACAGCACAUUAGUGUCUACAAGACAUUAUAGAGCUCCUGAGGUUAUUUUAGCACUGGGAUGGUCACAGCCAUGUGAUGUUUGGAGUAUUGGUUGUAUUCUAAUUGAGUAUUACCUAGGAUUUACAGUGUUUCAGACCCAUGAUAGUAAGGAACACCUGGCAAUGAUGGAAAGAAUACUUGGGCCUCUACCAGCUCACAUGAUCAAGAAAUCCAGAAAGCAUUAUUUUCACCACGACCAGUUGGACUGGGAUGAACACAGUUCUGCAGGACGCUAUGUUAGGAGACGCUGUAAGCCUUUAAAGGAAUUCAUGCAUUGCCAAGACACAGAUCAUCAAAGUCUGUUUGACCUUGUUCGCAGGAUGCUGGAGUAUGAUCCAGCCAAAAGAAUUACUCUUGACGAAGCCUUGCAGCAUCCUUUUUUUGAACCAUUAAAUAAAUAAAUAAAUAAAUUCAGAGAUCUUUUAUGCUUCUCCAGGGAGAUUUCCUAGACUGUGUCAGUCAACAGAGGUUGCAUGAAACUUUUGUAAACUUUAAAUUAUUUUGUACAGUUAAGUCUGUAAAUAUUUACAUAUGUUUUGUAUAACUGUUACGUUUACCUUGUUGAACAGUUGUAGUCUUAUGGGUAUCGAAGUGAAAAUAAAAGUAAUUUUCAUUUUUGAAAA